UGUGCACAAACAUGUCAUGGUGGAGUGGUCUCAGAGAGCUAAAGCCUUUGCUUCACUUGCUGCUGCCACUUAGCAUCCAUUGGGUUGCUGAGGAGAUGACAGUUUCAGUUCUUGUUGAUGUCACAACCUCUGCUUUAUGCCCUGGGGAAUCAACUUGCUCCAAAGCCAUUUACAUCAAUGGACUUCAACAAACGAUUGCUGGAAUUUUCAAGAUGGUGGUACUUCCACUACUGGGUCAGCUUUCAGAUGAGCAUGGCCGUAAACCCUUGCUCCUUAUUACCAUGUCCACGACUAUAAUUUCUUUUGCUUUACUUGCCUGGCAUCAAUCAGAGGAAUUUGUUUAUGCCUACUAUGUGCUUCGCACAAUUUCAUAUAUAAUCAGUCAAGGGAGUAUUUUCUGCAUCUCUGUUGCUUAUGUGGCAGAUGUUGUCAAUGAAAGCAAAAGAGCAAUAGUAUUUAGUUGGAUGACUGGUCUCCUUUCUGCUUCACAUGUUCUGGGGGAUGUGCUGGCUCGAUUUCUUCCUGAAAAUUACAUUUUUGUGGUUUCAAUAGCACUGUUGAUCUUUUGUCUCGUUUAUAUGAAAUUCUUCCUUGUUGAAACGGUGGUACAAGCUCCAAGAAAGAAUCGAGAGUCAGGUUGCUGGGCUAAAAUUGUUGAUGUUCUCCAACAAAGAUAUAAAUCUAUGAAGAGAGCUGCAGAAGGAGUAAUUUUCAGUCCUACUUUAAGAGGCAUGGCUCUUGUCUCCUUCUUCUAUGAGCUGGGAAUGUCAGGCAUAAGCAGUGUUUUGCUGUACUAUUUGAAAGCUGUUUUUGGUUUUAACAAAAAUCAGUUCUCAGAACUUCUGAUGAUGGUGGGAAUUGGUUCAAUCUUUUCUCAGAUGUUGUUGCUUCCAAUUCUUAAUCCAUUGGUUGGAGAGAAAGUUAUACUCUGCUCUGCCUUGCUUGCAUCAAUAGCAUAUGCUUGGCUCUAUGGAUUAGCAUGGGCACCUUGGGUACCAUACUUAAGUGCCUCUUUUGGCACCAUCUAUAUCCUUGUGAAGCCUUCGACUUAUGCUAUUAUUUCAAAUGCAUCAAGCUCAGCCAAUCAGGGAAAAACACAAACUUUUAUUGCUGGGACACAAUCUAUAUCUGAUUUGCUAUCACCUAUUGCAAUGAGUCCAUUAACUUCAUGGUUUUUAUCUACCAAUGCUCCAUUUGAAUGCAAAGGUUUUAGCAUUAUAUGUGCAUCUAUAAGCAUGAUAAUUUCUUUUUGUUUUGCUUGCGCGCUAAAGCCUGAUACUGGUUCGAGUAAUGACAUUGAGGGCAACCCAGAAACACCGCUUCUGAGUGAUAACUGAUUUUAUCAAAUGUACACAAGCUUGGCCAAUUAUGGAGAUAUAAGGCAUCCAUUUCCUCAAUAAUUUAUGCUCCAAAUUCCCAUCCCUCUCACUAUUUUUACUAGAAUUGGCUAUGCAUGGGAGAAUGUAAGAUAAAAUAUAGGGUCCAAAAUA